UGACGUGUGAUUCAAAGACCCCACAUACGAGCGCGAGGACUAGGCACGUGAGGGUGUAAGUAACGUUACCAGGGAGAUUAGGAGACAAGUGGAAGAUAUCAAGUUACCAAACUUUCUAAACUUGAUGGAGAGGAUGUAUGUCGGAGCCUAGCAAUGUAACAUAUCUUAAAAUUAGAUGCAGCUGGACAUACAAGCUUGUGAAGAGGGUUCAAACUGACACCAACGAUCAUGAAUUACGUUAUAUGUGCGUUCCUGCCGAUUGGUUUGAUUCUUCAGUUCCUGAGCAUACAGACCAGAGCCCAGACCCGAUACGCGUGUCUUCAGGGAAAACCGGGAUUUUCGGGGGGAUUCUUUUCUAGUCAGUCAGAUGAUGAUGAUUCACAUUCAUCGGAAGACCUGAUGUCCCCCUCCUCAUCGACAAUGACGGGAACACUUGGAUGUGGUGACGUGCCUGGCACGCGCAUCCUCGUGUCUAAGGUCAUCCACGGCACGGGAGGUCCGUUCGCGUCUUGUGGCAGCCCGAACGAGUUCUGUGAUGAUGUCCUAUACAGUAAUAGUCGGAUAUCAGUCAUGUGUGAUAGGAAGAUCCGGUGUUUCCCAAGCACCACUUCUAAGCUGAUCCCUCAUUGUGGCACCAGCAGCAACUUCAUACACGUGGAGUACGAAUGUGUCAAUCCAUGGUCAGUGUUUGAUAUUUGCCACGAUUCCUCAACAAAUGUCCUGUUGUCCACUUUGUUCAUCACGUCCCCGAAAACCAGAAGUGGAGCUUCCACUUGCGAGUGUAUAAUAAAGGGCAAAGUUAAUGGACAAAUAACACUGGAUUAUGUCCAGUCCAACACGGACAGAGCACGAUGUGACACCAACUACCUUCUAGUGGAGAGCAAGUCAUCGGGCAACCAAACAGCUGUGAACAAGCAGAACAAUAUCUGCGGGAGGAGGACAGUCACCAAGGACGUUCACCAGGGCUCUGUCCGACUAACUUAUGGAACAAAAUCGGCAUUUCUCAACGAUGGCUUCCUGGCCAAAAUUGCAGUGCCGGACGGUGCCUCACACGAGGUGUCUGUUCAGUGCGGUGCUGUGUUUUCAGAACAAGACCAACAAGCAAAAGCUCAAGGCGGCGCGAAUGACCCCCUUUAUAGACAAAUGGGCGGGUACUUUGCCGGUCCCUACGGCGGUGCUGCCUACAACAGGUUUUUGACGACAGUCUCGCCAUUCCAGAACCCAUAUUAUGACAAUAAUUCUACACAAGGUUCGGGAAGGAAUGCCGCACGUGCCUCUGGGCCUUGGGCCGAACGUGGACCAAGUGGACGAUGGGGCGGUCAGAGACAUCGACCCCCUUAUUGGGACAGAGGUUACAACGAUGGUCAACGAUACGGGCCAAGGAACUACCCCCCGUAUGGCCCCGAGCCUGUCAGGGGAGUUAACUCAACAGCCAGUAACAGCACUUCUCCGCAGGGCACCUUCCCUCAACACAACCGGCCGCGAUUCUACCCCCCUGCAACCGUGUCACCGUUUUGGAGAUUCAUGCGCCAACGCCGACACAGAAACUUAGACCUCUUUGCUGAGGGUCCGAUGUCUCGGCGAUGGGGUUUCCCACAAGGUCCCCCAUUGGGCCGUUGGCCACAGAACAAAGGUCCUCCUUCUCGAGGAGGUCCCAAGGCGGCGGUAAACGGCACCAAAUCCGCACAGCUUCCGACUGAUGUUGAAUUCAUUGGGAAUUCUGCCUCGCGAAAUACAGAAGCCACAAACAACCCAGUUCAAAAUACUCCUCCUCAUGUACCACAGGCCCACGUGAGCGAUGACGUCAGUGACGAAAAGUUUCCUACUGAAGCAGGACGACUGGCGGCUUACAUUAUAGGAGGUACCGGGGCGGUUCUGUCGGCGGUCGGAGGUGUCGUCAUGGUAAUGCUCUGUAGCAGGAGGAAGAAGCGGAAUGCCUCAAAUAGCAAUGAAGCCGACUCGCAGGCGAAUGCUGGCCCUAUAUACUCUCUGCCGACCCACAACCUUGGGCGCGUGCACGUCAACGCUGCAUAUGUAAGUGACGGGGAAGGCUCUGAGGGGGGUUGGAGCGAACUGGACCUUGACGAACCCGCAGAUGGCUAUACUGCCGCUUAUACAUCAUCUCGUGUCGCACGAGAAGAUAGGAACGCUACCGCAACCGGAAGUGGAGUUCGUCCAACUGCGGCAGAUUUAUCAAGUGGAACUGUACUUGGAAUAUCAAACUUGGCCUGUCCGAAUGCAGGAGAGGCGAGUAGCAGCGAUAUCAUCAAAGCCAUUCAAUCUUCUUUAGUCCCAGGCCCUCAGGAGGGUAGAACUGAUUGAUGAUUUUUUGAUGAAGCAGUUACCUGCGGUGUUGAAGUUCUAACCUAGAAAGCAGCACAGAAAUUCGGAGAGAUGAUAACGCAGGACUGAAUUGACAUUCCACGAGCAAAGUGCUGGCUAGUUACUUCAUUUCAAUGCAAGAAGUGUUAAUUACUCAGAUAGCAUUGUAGGACGUGAUCCAAUAUCCAUAUUAAAUUUACCGAAAACUAGAUUAUUGGUAAAGGUGAAUCACCUAACAAAGAUAUCAACUCUCCCCAGAAAACAGCUUGGACAACACAUCUGGAAGUAUGGAAGCUCGUAUUUUACACAUCAGUACCUGGAAGAACGCCAAAGUGCUUAAGUUUAUUCAAGAAAAAGAGAACGAAUUGACUUUUCUUCCAAGCAUCAGUAGUCAAAGGCUAUCCAGCUGAAGAUCGGUGACCAACUCAUUGAGACAAUCACAGCUGUUUAGAGUAUGCAUUUAUCGUUCAAUAAACUCGGAUAAACAGGUAAAUUGUUGCAAGUAUAUUAAGUGUAUCCCACAGUUCAA